ACAUUUCCCAGGAUGCACCGAUGGACACCGGAAGUAUCUACGUGUUCAUUUUCGCGACGGUUCAGGAAGCGUCAACAAACAGCUACAUAAACGAGUUGGGGCUUUCUCCUGUUAAGGAGUGCAGCAUAAACAGCACCAUGUUGCCGACCACCUCACCAAACAGCAACGGCGCCCUCGGUUCUGCCGACAACGCGCGUCACACGGCGGGCUUCAAGCGCUACAAGUACUUGAGACGGCUGCUCCAUUUGGGACAGAUGGACUUUGACUUUGCCGUGUGGCAAAUGCUUUACUUGUUCACGUCCCCGCAGAGAGUCUACCGCAACUUUCACUACCGGAAACAGACCAAGGACCAGUGGGCCAGAGACGACCCGGCUUUCCUGGUCCUGCUCGGCAUCUGGCUCUGCGUGUCGACAGUAGGAUUUGGCCUGGUGCUGGACAUGGGAGUCCUGGAGACUCUGAAGCUGCUGCUGUGGGUGGUCUUUGUUGACUGCAUAGGAGUCGGACUUCUCAUAUCAACCCUCAUGUGGGUUAUCAGCAACAAGUACCUCUUGAAACAACCCAGCAGAAACUUCGAUGUGGAGUGGGGCUACGCAUUUGAUGUUCACCUUAAUGCCUUCUACCCUCUUCUAGUCAUCCUGCAUUUUCUGCAGCUCUUCUUCAUUAACCAUAUUGUAGUAAUAAACUCAGACUGGUUCGUGGGAUGCUUUGUUGGGAACACUCUGUGGCUUAUCGCCAUUGGUUAUUAUCUCUACAUCACGUUCUUAGGUUACAAUGCUCUACCUUUCCUGAAGAACACGGUGGUGCUGCUCUACCCGUUCGCUCUGCUCGUACUCGUUUAUGUCCUCUCCGUCUCGCUGGGCUGGAACUUCACUAAGGGCCUCUGCUGGUUUUACAAGUUCAGAGUCCAGUAGGACCGCCCUGUCUCCGAGGUUGGACACUAGUCGGCUCCCAGGCCUCACGCUUUCCAGCUCCCCCCCCGCCCCCUCUGUCAACAUCUGGAUGUGAAGGACUCUGGUGGACACCGCGUGAGCUGGGACGCCGAGCUGGUCGACUGCUGGUGGUCUCUGUUCAUUUUCUGUUUGGCUCUCAUGUUGAGCUCCGAAGUCAGUGAACAGUGAUGUGUUUGGACUACAGUUUCAGAAACAGGAGAUACAGCUUUUAUUGUUGUUCUUUUUGUAUGAUUUGUAAAUAUUCCCGGCAGGUUGUAAUAUAUCCACAGACGAUUGUUUCUGAGGGGGAAACAUUUGCUUUGUUUUCUUUGAGUUUUCCUAAAAAAAAUAACCCUGUUUAUUGAAUAGACAAAAGGGGGAGGAACAUGGGAUGGACACUUUUUUUCCCCUUUGUUUUUUCUUAAAGUGUACAUUCCAAAGGACUUCCAAUAAAAGGUUUUACUAACUUG